CGAUUUACGUUGAGUAUAGAACAUAGUGACAGGAAGAAACGAAAGUGAAAAUGUGAACAUAUUAUUCGAAUCCGAAUGCAAUAUAUCGUGGUGGCUCUCGUCAUUUAGUUAGUGAUAAAACGAAUAUUUGUUACCUUGGAACAUUUUGUAUAGGCUACGGCGGAGUCCUACAUCAUUAUCUUGUGCGCCGCUCCGGAGUUAGUGGGCUUCUAAUGUUAAUUGGAACAGGUCUGCGAGCAGCGCUGAAAUUGUCUACUAAAUUGAGACGACACAUGUCUAGGAUGUUUCCCGGGAUUGACCGGUUUAGGCACAAACGCAUUUUAUUACUGGUUCCAGUUCUCGCCUACAUGGGCCUGCGCUGGAAGUCGUUCAUACCAACUUGUUGGCCUUGGCUGGAACGCAUCUGGAGAUUUAUCAUGCCAAGUUAUCCUAGUCCGAAUUCCCAUCCCAGAGAUGAAGUGGAGAGUCAAGACUCUCAAGUAAGUGUAGUAGUGGAGCCUGAAUCCAUUCCCAGUGGAAAAGUGGAGGUUCCGGUUCUCAGGUCAUUUGAUAUUGAAGACACCGAUGAAUACUCCUGCAUGUACGACUCGACAUGGGAGGAUCAUCCAAUCGAAAGAAGGACCAAACAUUCAAACAAGUUUAACAGAUUCAGAAGUGCAGCAAGGGACAUGCAGAAGUACAGGCAUGAUUAUCCAGGGCAAGAAUCAAAUUUGUACUUUGGCGGGCAACAACAAAAUGAAAUGCCUAAUUUACAGUUCUACCGUGGACAAAUACCCUCCUCCCCUGAUGGUGUCUUCAUUGAGGACUUUCACAAUAAAUGGCACAGGAAAUAUUCAAAACUCGAAGAAGUUCACUCAUACAUCCAAUGGUUGUUCCCACUUCAAGAACCAGGAAUGAAUUAUCAAGCCAAGGAACUCACCAAGAAGGAAAUUGAGGCUUUCCUUGAAGAUGGCACAGCAAAGCAGAGGCUGGUUGCAUCCUACAAGCUCAUGCUGGACUUCUACGGCAUAGAGCUGUCAAAUGACAUAACAGGGGAAGUGAAACUUGCGAACAACUGGCGUGAGAGAUUUGACAACCUGGAAAGAAAUACACACAACAACCUGCGCAUCACCCGCAUCCUGAAGUGCCUGGGCACUCUGGGGUUCACCCACUACCAGGCCCCACUGGUCCGCUUCUUCCUAGAGCAGACUCUUGUCAAAGACAAGCUGUACAAUGUGAAGGAAAGUGCCCUCAACUACUUCAUCUUCGCUGUCAUUGAUAAGCAAGAGCGCAGGAAUUUAGUUACGUAUGCCUACGCACACUAUGAGCCCAAACAUGAGUUUGUGUGGUGCCCCAAGACAAUCCAAAGUAUAUUCAGGGGAGAGACAUUCCCAGAUGAUAACUCAAUUGAUCUGAAACAGGAUGACAUUGACGACAACACUGCCAGUUACCGGCAAAUCGAUACAGCGCAAUCCAGUUAUGAAGCUUCUGAUAGAGGUAGCUCUAUAACUACCCCCAACACUAGUCAGCACCCCACCAUCGAUUCUCUGAAGCAAUCAGAUUAUCAAACUAGCAGUGGCCAUCCAGAGGGAAAUACUAAUAAUUGGAGAAAGAGGGCUGCAGAUAAGCCAACAGAGCAUGAACUUCCCAAACGUAUCAACGUUUCAGAAGGAACGACUAACGCUGAUCAUGAUGAAAGAAAAAAUAAGGGAGCAGAUCAAUGACGUUUCAGAGGGAAUGACUAACACCAAUGGUCAUGAGAGUACAGAUGAGCAACCAGAGAGGGACAGUGGAGAUUUAGAGGAAAACAGACAGCAAAAUGAAAAUUAUGGUGAUGGGGAGAAUAAGGAAGAUGCAAGUAAGCAUUUAGAGAGCGAACCAUGCACUGACGUUUCAGAGGGCAAUAUUAGCACAUCCCGUGAUAGUUAAUUGAAUAAGAAACCUACCGAAGAGGUACUGCUGAGCCCAGCAAAGGAAAGAGAUGCCAAAAGGAAAUAAUCAGCGUUUGAUGUAAAAGUGACGAUUGAUUAGAGUAUUCAACCAUGUCAUGCACUAAUAAAGGAACAUUAUGUAUGCCAUGUAUUCUAAUAAUUUCCUUUUAUAUGAACAAAUGUUAAUCAAUUUAUUAUAUCUGAUUUCUGAUCACAUGUAUAAUAUCAGUGGGAUGUUAACCACAUUUUUCAAAACACCACAAAUGUUAUACAUAUUGAUUAUGGUUUUCAAACCAGCAAUAAUUAUGUUAGCGGUUUAUUUUGUAAUAGCAUAUUUUUAGUUUGUGGAAUUUGUUAUAUGGAGUUUUGGGUAAAUGUUCAGCUUUGAAUGACUAUGCUUGCCUCAGAAGGUAUUUCAAAAUACUUUCUACUGCUUAAAAUAUCUUUAGUGCCGAACCAUGUACCACCAGGGGUGCCUAAUGAUUUGUAUUCAUUUGAUUUUAAUAAAACAAAUAGAUAAACGGA